GUGCCCAGCAGUGCUACCCACCUGUGCCCAGCAGUGCCACCCACCAGUGCCCAUCAGUGCAGCCCAGCAGUGCCGCCAGUCAUUGCCACCAGUCAGUGCCCAUCAAUUGUGCCACCCAGCAGUGCCGCCUAUCAGUGCUGCCUAUCAGUGCCACCUAUCCAUGCCACCUCAUUAGUGCUGCCUAUCAGUGCCCUUCAAUGCUGCUUAUCAGUGCCCAUUAGUGCCGCCUAUCAGUGCCCAUCAGUGCCCAUCAGUGCCGCCUAUCAGUGCACAUCACUGCUGCCUCAUCAACGCACAUCAGUGAAGGAGAAAAAUUACCUGUUUGCAAAAUUUUAUAAUAGAAACAAAGAAGCUUUUUUUAAAAAAAAUUUUUUUGCACUUUUUUUGUUUAUA